AUAAUAACUCAAAUGUUUUAUUUCAAUUUUUGAAUAGAUUUGGUUUUUGAAAAUUUUUUAUUUACUUUUGUCUAACAUUAAUUUAAACUUUUUAUAUCACUUCUUGAUAGUUCGGUAAAUAAAAGAUUAAAUACCUAAAUAAUCAUGGUGAAGAAGCGAAAACCUGGCCCAAUAACAUUCCCUCGCGUGAAGGUUGAAGUGAAAUCAGAAGACAAAAGCAUUCCAGGCAUCGACGACGCGAGGGACCGCCUGAAGGGGGCGCUGCAGGAGCUGCUGGGGCAGAGCAGCGACUCCUCGCUGAGCAGCAGCGACGAGGAGCGCGAGGAGUCCGCCAGACCCGCGCCCGUCAAGAAGGAGCGGGCCUCCGCGCCAUCCACCCCGAAGACGGCCAGGAGCGCCAAGCGGCGGCGGCGCAGGGAUUCCGCGCCGGGCAGCGCCUUCCACCACACCUUCGUCAUGAAGAUGUUCGACCGCAGCGUGGACCUGGCCCAGUUCGAGGAGAACUCCCCCCUGUACGCCGUCUGCCGCGGCUGGAUGGCCAACCAACCGCACGGCGCCGGCCAGCCGACCAAGCAGCAGGCGGAGACGCCGGAGCGCUCGGGCGACGAGGCGGUGAAGGAGGAAGAAGAGGGCAGCGAGGAGGGGGAGGAGUACGAGGACGUGUGGGCCAUGCCGGGACCCAGCCCCCUGCCCUCCGACCCGGGGGAGCUGCGCAGGCUGAGGAUCCCCUCGCCGGUGCCCCACGAGCAGGCGGAGCUGGACGGCAAGGCGGCCCCCGGGCGGGAGGCCCUGCUGGGCGAACACCUGAAGCACUGGGCCCAGGUGAGCCGGAAGUGGCGGGCGGCGGCCCAGCGCAACGAGCAGCGCUACACGGCGAGCCUGCAGCUGCUGAGGACCAUGUACAAGAGGGCUCAGUGAGUGAUGAUGUCUCUCCAUAAAUGGCCAACGGUAAAAUUAUUUUUAUGUUCUAACUAGCCAGUUACGAAGUCUGUUUUGAUAAUCAUCAUUUUAUUUUUGACAGUAACUGUUAAUGGAUACUGUGCAUAUUAACUUAGUUUAGUUUUAAAAUUUAUUUUUAUGUUUUUGUGAAACCAGAGGGAAAAUUGUUAAGUAUACACAUGAAAAUUGUUACAGGUUAAGUUAUUUAUAUGAAUUGUUCUGUAUGGAAAGAUAAUAUUCAAAAAUGUUAAAUUAAUACAGUCAAUUUCUGAUAUCCUGAUUAAAAUAGAUGUUAAGAAAGAUCAGUGGUCUUACAAAAAUUACUCAAACAAAUCAACUUUUUUUGUUUGUUUUAUUUUCUCAAUGAAAACUAAUUAAUUUGAACCCUAAGAAUAAAAUUCAAAAUUUAAGACUUUAAAGGAUUACCACAACCCCCCCCCCCCCCUCCCCCAUCGCGGUGAAGUAGCUUCUGUCUUGUCUUCCAUGUCUUGUGGCAUUUUUUGGCAUUGCAAAAUGCAUUUUGUCUCAAGUGCUUUUUUGAAAAUUAACAUGAAAUCAUAACCAUGAGGCAGUACAGGACUCAGUCCUGCAUUUGUAUACUUGCAGGUUAAUAAAAUAUAUAUGAAAAUGUUAAAUAAACGUUACCUAGAUUAGUUUUAUGCAAGUGUAUUGCAAAAGUAAUAUAUGUAUUUUAAAUUUCAAACAGAAUUGAAUAUUAUUAUAGGCAGUUGGAAAUUGCAAACCAGAUUUCCAGGGAUUUGGCUUUUCAAGUUUUUCAAUUUCUGUAUUUUUUGGAGAUUUUAUUUUUAAUUGCACUAGAUGAAUGUUUUGUGGUUUUCAAAUACACGUCACUAUUUUGGAGCAUUUUUAGGUACAUAUUAUACCUUACAUUAGCAGUAUGUUAUAAAAAUGCUUACAAUUUUCAUUUCAUAACAAAAUGAAGCUGGUAAUUGAGUGAUUCUAGUAAAUACAAUGUACACAUUAAGCUUUUAAUUGUAAUAGAAACUUAGCCUGUGUAGAAAUUUUGCCAAUAACUGUGGUAAAUAUGAUUGAUUUUUUUAAAUCAUGAAAUGAUAAAUGAAAAAAAAAAAAAAUGUAUGUGCAUUCUGUAAAGCACACAUUUAUUACAAAUAUUUUUUAUUAUAAGAUUUCUUCUUUGGGAUGUAUGUUACUGAUUUGUUCUUUUCUCAAACUCAUUAAUUACAAGAAUUUUUUAAAGUUUAUUUUAUAUUAUGUUUUCCAGGCUGUAUAUGACAAUGUUUUGCACAUACGUAGUAACAUGAAAUGUUUUUAUAGUAUUUACACAAGCAUGCAAACUGAGUAAAUUAUAGUAUUCUUAAUUAUAUGUAUUUUUGUACUCACACUAAUUGCAUAUACAUUAUUUAUAAGUUUUAAAUGAAAAUGAUUUUUGUAGUUUGUACUUUGACAUGAAAAUGUUUUUGUAGUAUGUACUUUUUCUGAGAAUUGCUUUUAGAAUUAUUAUGUACUGUCUGUUGUAAAAAUUUGUGAACAAUGUUUAUUAUUUAAUAUCUUAUAAUUAUAAAUAAUCUUAAAUGAGAUCAUUAUGAACAAACUUAUGUACAACCUAUUCAUGACAAAAACAACAGUCUUCAACAUUUGUGUCCCAUAAUUGCUUGGUUGUCAUUUUGAUUUCACUUAAAAAUAAUUGAGCCUUUUAAAAUUGACUGAAUUAUAUUUUGUAGCCUACAAAACCAUUUGAGAGUAAUAUUAUUAUAAAUUUAUUAUUAUUAAGUUCCCAGAGCGAUAAUAAAAUUAGCAACACAAUAAUUUUAAAUUCAUGAUGGUACUUGCAAGAAUUAUUCUGUCAUUUAGAUGAGUAUAUUGUUUAUUACAAUAAAUAGCUAAUUAUUGAAUUUGGGUUUGGUAACUUUAUUGCUAACUACAACAUGAUACAAAAUGACCUAUAGCUUCAUACUGUAUCUGUUUGGGUUUAUAUUGGUUUAUUGAGCUUGUGAUAAGUCUUAGGAUUAUAUCGUUCUUAGUUUUGGCAAAAAGCUGUAUAAAAUUGAAUAAGUUAAAUAAAAGUUUUGAUAAUUUUUAAAUAUAAAUUUAUUGUAUUUAAUCACUGUUAGCUAGGACACAUUUAUAUUUAUUUUAAAUUACUGUAUAUUUAUCAGUGGAGUUUUGAAUGUUAAUUUUGUGUACAGCCGGUUAUUGGAUAAAAUUUGUAAAGAAUAAAAAUUGACAAUAUUGGUUGGCUUAUUGUGUGUUCGUAAAAACCUGCUUGUAAAAUAAAUUACAAGUUUCUUUAGUGUGUCACGAAACCAGAAUGAAAAAUCCCUGAUAACAUGAAAUGUUGAAAGCACUAAUUUUGUUUGAGAUAAUUUUCAUGUUACCUUGUAAUGUUGCUUCCCCCCUCUUCCCCAAUUCAAAAUUGGUGCAGUUUAGAUUAUGUUAUUCUUGUUUGAAUUCUCAGUAUGUCAUCUUCUGCAACCUUGUGAAAGAAAGUUCUAUUUCUUUAACUUAACAGUUUGGUUAUCAGUUGUGGAAAUAAAACAAAAAUCACAGUGUUCACAUACCAGAGAUAAAGCCUAUAGCAUGCUACGCUACAUACCUAGCCCACCCCCCACUCUUGCCGUCUUCCCAUUUGACCGCUGACGCACUCUCAUCCACUACCGAUUCUCCCACCACAUUCCUAACCAUCCCCCUCAUGUGAUCUGAAUUUUCGUAACAUAAAAAAAUGCCCCCUCAGCAAAGAAAUUUCAUUUCAAAAUAUAAAUUUAAGAUUAAUAAAGUUGACUAUUGACUAGGCAAAAUCAGCUGUAAUGCCUAUGUUAUGCCUAUUUGAGCUU